UGUUCACCAACACGUCUAUUCUGGGUGAACUGAGAAGCUAUGGACCCCGAAUACUUCAAAUCUUAUAAAAUGUCCUGGGGUACAUUAGGCACUGUGCGUCCCUUCCUCACCUUCCACCCAGAGAGAGAUGUUGCGGAGAUCCAGACUGCAUUGGAGAAGAAAGAUGCUGUCACUCUGGUGAGAAUCCUGACCAACCGAAACAACGCUCAGAGACAAGUCAUCACUAAGACCUACCAGGAAACAACAGAAAAGGACCUGGUGUGUGGUGUGAAAAAGGCUCUGUCUGGAGAUCUGGAGACUCUGCUGCUGGCUCUGCUAAUGACCCAAGAGCAGUACAGUGCUCACCGCCUACGACAGGCCAUGGAGGGUUUAGGUACCGAUGAGGACAUGCUGGUGGACGUCCUGUGUACAAAAUCUGGCCAGCAACUUAAGGAAAUCAGCGCUGCCUACACUGAACUAUAUAAGAAGGACCUGGAGAAGGAACUGAAAGGAGAAACCAGUGGAGAAUUCGCUAACCUCGUUGUGGCUUUACUACAUAAAGAAGAUGUUGCAGGUGUGGUGCAAAGAGAUACUGAGGCUCUAUUGGCAUCACUGAGCGGGAAAAAAGCUGACGCUGGUCCGUGGAUAGACAUACUGACGUCUAGAGACUCGGAUCAUCUUAACAGGGUGUUUCUGAGAUUAGAGCUGGAGCUGGGACAGACCCUGGAUCAUACCUUGGAGAAACGAUUUACAGGAGACAUUAGAAUCGGUCUAAGAGCACUAGUGCAGUGCAUUCAAAGUCCUUACCUCUACCUCGCCAAAAGACUAGAGACCAUGAAGACAGCCGUUGUCCAGGGAAUCAUGGUGUCUCACUGUGAGGAAGAUCUACUGUGUGUUAGAGCCGCCUACCUUAAACAAACAGGCACCUCUCUCUACACCGCCCUACAGAAACAAUUCAAAGGAGAUCAUCUACAGGCUCUUCUGGCUAUCUGUCGAUCAGAGGACUAAACUGACAAAAUUUACAAAGUUUGACUUGCUACAUUACAUAAAAUGUGCAUAUUUAUGGAUCAUUGAUUAUCUGUCAG